AACAUCUAUUACGCCUGAGCUCUGCCCGUCACUAAUCUCGUUCAGUUUGCAGCGUCAUCGUGCCCUGUGACCGGCGGCGAGCUCAGUACUCCUUGGUCGGCCAUCUUCGGCACGGCCGCCGGCGGCCUUUGCAUUUUCGAGUGGAUCGAUGCGGGGUAGGUCAUUCGUUGGGUCGCCGAAGGCGCCAUUCCGCUGCAUCCACCUCUUUAAAAACCAAGCUCUGCUCCUCGUUUCCUCACUCUUCUGCUAUCCGAUCUCCCUGUCUGCGCUCGCCGCUGCCGAUAGCAUGUCUUCGCCGCCGCCACAGCAAGCGCAGACAUCCCUGUCAUCGACAGCGACGGCUGCCCCUGGCGGCAGCACAACGCGAUGGAGGUCAGAGAGUAGGACGGUGAGGGGAAGCUACGAUGGCGAUGACAGAUCGCGAUCACGGAGUGUCAAGGCCUUUGGAAGACUGAGAUCGUCAUCUAGGCGGCCUUUGUCGAAGGCAAGAGCACCAUCUGCAGCACGUUCAUCACCACCUGGCGCGGGCGCGACUCAAACUGCCGGCGACCUGGAAAAGGGCAAGGGCGGCGCCGCUGGCCAGCCACAGGCCCGUCCUCCUUGGUAUUCCAGGAAGUUCAGGUCUCCGCUCGAGCCUCUUCUCAAGAAGAUCCCUAUGUGGCUCGAAGGCUACAUUUGGGGCUGGAUUGGAGGUACCAUUGGCGUCGGCUUGGUGAUCAUCGUCUUCACUCGUCCCACUCCCUUUACUGAUUCGAUCGACGUCCCUCAAGGCGCCUGGACGUCUCCGGCCAUCGUUGGCUCGUUCGGAGCCAGUGCCGUGCUGCUCUAUGGUGCGCCCAUGUCCCCGCUCUCCCAACCACGCUCCUUCUUCUUCGGCCAGGUUCUCUCAGCAUUGGUCGGCGUAAUCAUCACCAAGCUCUUUGCCCUCAAUUCGCACUUCCAAGUCGACAACACCAACCACUCGUGGAGCCUCGUCUGGAUUGCGGGAGGUAUCGCGACAGGUACAGCCAUCCUGGUACAGCAGGUGACGCGCACUAUUCACCCGCCAGGUGGUGCGACUGCAGUCCUUGCUGUCACGUCGCCACCGAUCGUUCAUCUUGGCUGGCGGUAUGUUCCAGUCGUUAUGCUCACGGCAGCCAUCAUGCUGGUCUGGGCCUUUCUUUGGAUCAACCUCGGCCGUCGUAGCUGGCCAGUCUGGUGGUUAUUCCCGCCCGAGGACGUCCGCAAGGCCACCUUCCCUGGGCCGGAGCUCGGCGUGUAUGGUCGCAAGGCCAGAGAGGCAUACCGCCGAAGAGGCGGCAGGAAGCCAUCACAACAAGCCAUCCUACCAGUGGGCGGUCAAAGAAAUGAUCUCGAGAAAGCCGGUGUCGCGACGGCACGCGAGAUGGAGAACGGCCCGGCAGGGUCAGACGCUGCUGUCAAUGUCUCCGAGUGGCAGGAUCAAUCGGCUUGGAAGGAGGAGAAGGAGCUACACUCAGGGGCAAAUGGCCGUCUGGCAGGUGAGGAUGCCGCCGCCGCCGCCGCCGCCGCCGCGUCUCCCGCCGCCCCUGCUCUUAGACAAGUCAAUGAGGCCGAUGAGGCUGAGACUGCGAGCGAAGAACGUCAGUCGAGAUGGGCCCGAGCGUGACCCAAAUCUCAGGCCGUGACACAAACGGACCAAUGUCGCCUCGAAAUGUCUCGCAAUACCAUGCCGCCAAUGUUUUGCU